AUGUCACCUCUCGCAGGGGCAAAGAGGGUUUUACGGCCUCGGGUUGUUUUUUCCGGCAUCCAGCCCACUGGCGUGCCGCAUCUGGGAAACUAUGUUGGUGCACUGAGGCAAUGGGUAAAUUUGCAACACGAGGAAAAACCCUCUACUAAAUUGAUAUACUCUAUCGUCGAUUUGCAUGCCAUCACAGUGCCCCAGAAGCCAGAGGUGCUGAAACAGCGCAAGAGAGAAGUUUUAGCCGCUCUUCUUGCCAUUGGUCUGGAUCCUGAGAGAUGCACCAUCUUCUACCAGUCUUCUGUGCCGGCUCACUCUGAGCUGAUGUGGAUACUUGCAUGUACCGCAUCUGUAGGCUAUCUCUCAAGAAUGACACAAUGGAAGAGCAAACUUAGCCUAGAUUCAUCUUCAACUUUAGACCAAGGGCCCGUUGGCUCCCGGUUGAAGUUGGGCCUCUUUUCCUAUCCAGUCCUCCAGGCCGCUGACAUUCUCGUUCACCGGGCUACUCAUGUGCCCGUUGGGCAUGACCAACAACAGCACUUGGAGUUUGCGCGUGAAUGUGUCACAAAUUUCAACCAUGCUUAUGGAAAUCAUCUUGUCCCACCUUCGACCAUAAUCUCACCUGCUCAGCGCAUCAUGUCCUUAACAGACCCGACAAGUAAAAUGUCAAAGUCUCACAAGGCGCAGCGAUCAAGGAUUCUUAUUACCGAUACUCCAGAAGACAUUCGGUCCAAGAUUGGCUCUGCCCUGACGGAUUCGACCCCUGGUGUCUCUUACGAUCCUGCCGCUCGCCCUGGGUUCUCUAACUUAUUGGAAAUAUAUUCCGUUUUUGAUGCAGAAAAGCGUAGUCCAGCGCAGCUAGCCGAAAUAUAUGCUCACACAUCGCCCAAAAUUUUCAAAGAGACAGUCUCAGACGCGCUGAUUGCCGGGCUACACGGUAUUCGAGAUCGAUAUCUUGAUCUAUCUGCAAACGAAUCGUAUCUUGAAAAGAUAGAGAAGGAGGGUGCACGAAAAGCCCAGGAAAGUGCUCAAGAAACGAUGGAUAUCGUCAAGUCUGCUGUUGGAUUGUGA